AUGAUUACAAAGUUUAGUAUUUUUAGUAGAAAAAUAUAUAAAGGGAAUUUAUUUAAAAAGAUUAAAAAUAAUUUCAUUUAUUUUAAUACUACCAAAUAUUUAUGUACUCAAAAUUCUGAUGAAAUUGAUGUAACAUUUAUAAGCCAAGAUAAUUAUGAAAAAACAAUCAAAGCUAAAGUAGGAGAUAGCAUAUUAAAAGUUGCUCAUGAUAAUAAUAUAAAUAUUGAAGGUGCUUGUGAAGGUUUUUGUGCUUGUUCUACUUGUCACGUAAUUAUAGACGAAAAAUUUUAUGAUCU